CUGAGCAGCGCGCGCACUGCUUUCUCUCCGCACACACUCUCAGUCUCUCUCUCUCUCUCUCUCUCUCUCUCGGUCGGUGUGUGCUCGCGGACCGAGGCGCGUGCAGGCGGGUAUGGCUCCGUUCUCGCUGCAGCCGCCUGGUCGUCGCUCUCUCGCGGACCUGACGGACUAGCUGACGACUCCGCCGCGCACGGUUUCGGUUUUUGUGUUGUGUGUGUGUUGCUGUGUCUCGCGCGGCCAUGCCGGAGAAGCUGAGCGUGUGUGACUUCGUGUGUUUGACCAGCGAAGAUCUGCAGAACCCGAACAACUCAGACUUCCAGAGCCGAGUCGGAGACUGCAGGAGCACCGUGAGCGCUUUGGAGGAGUCUCUGGAGCUGGAUCUGAGCUGUCUACAGAGGAUGAGGAAGAUGGUGAAGAGCAUCCACAGCACCGGUCUCAGCCAUGUGGAGAGUAAGGAACAGUACACAGAAGUUCUGGAGAACCUGGGGAACAGUCACCUCUCUCAGGACAAUAACGAGAUCUCCACCGGCUUCCUGAACCUGGCCGUGUUCACUCGAGAGGUCACGACACUAUUCAAAACUCUGGUGCAAAAUCUGAACAGUAUUCUGUCCUUCCCUCUGGAGAGCAUCCUGAAGAGUGAACUCAGAGACACCAGACUGGACCUGAGGAAGCAGAUGGAGAGAAGCUGGAAGGAUUACGAUGUUAAAAUGAUGAAGUUGGAGAGGGAGAAGCAGAAACAGGCCGGUUUGAUCCGGCUGGACAGUGUGGACGUGGUGGAGGACAUGGAGAGGGAGAGGAGGACCUUUCAGCUGCAGAUGUGUGAGUAUUUGCUCAAAGUUCAGGAGAUGAAGAUGCGUCAGGGUCCGGAUCUGCUCCAGAGCCUAAUCAAAUACUUCCAGGCCCAGCUGAAUUUUUUCCAGGAUGGACUAAAAGCUGCUGAAAAUCUCAAUCCAUUUGUGCAGAAGCUGGCAGCCUCUGUCCACACGGUUCGUCAGGACCAGGAUGAUGAAGUGAAGAAGCUCUCUCAGCUCCGUGACUCUCUCAGGAGUCAGCUACAGGUGGAUGGCAAAGAGGAAUACUUAAACAGAAAGAAUUCGGGUCAUGGCUACAGUAUCCACCAGCCACAGGGCAAUAAGAAGUAUGGCACAGAAAAAUCCGGAUUCCUGCUGAAAAAGAGUGUCGGGAUCAGGAAGGUGUGGCAAAAGAGGAAGUGUGGGGUCAAAUAUGGCUGCCUGACCAUCUCGCACAGCACGAUUAACAGGCCUCCCGCCAAACUCAACCUGCUCACCUGUCAGGUGCGGCCCAACCCCGAGGAGAAGAGGAGCUUUGACCUGGUGACCCAUAACCGUACGUAUCAUUUCCAGGCAGAGGAUGAACAGGAAUGCAUGAUCUGGGUAUCGGUGUUGCAGAACAGUAAGGAUGCUGCGUUAAACACGGCUCUGGGUGGUGAUGAGCUGCAGUGGGGGAGCGGCCUGCAGGACCUGUCUCGCUCUGUCAUCGCUGGACUACGAAACCUGCCGGGGAACGAGGCCUGCUGCGACUGUGGAGCUCCGGAGCCCAGCUGGUUGUCCACUAAUCUCGGCAUCCUGACCUGCAUUGAAUGUUCUGGAAUCCACAGAGAGCUCGGAGUGCAUUACUCACGGAUACAGUCACUCACACUUGACAUGCUGAGCACAUCAGAGCUGCUGCUGGCGGUCAGUAUCGGUAACAGCAGGUUUAAUGACGUUCUGGAGGCCAACCUUCGAGACGACUCAAUAAAACCUUUACCAACCAGCAACAUGAAUGCACGUAAGGAAUACAUCACGGCUAAGUACGUGGAGAGACGCUACGUACUGCCUAAAGAACAGUCAGAGCCUCUGCGUGUGUACGACACUAUAAAGUCCAGAGACAUCACAGCUUUACUGCAGCUUUACGCUGAGGGGCAGGACCUCUCCAAACCUGCCCACAUACCUGAUCAGGAUCUGAAGGAGACUCCUCUCCACCUGGCAGUGCGUUUGGCGGAGAAAAGUUCUCUGGCUCUGGUUGAUUUCCUCACACAGAACUGUGGCUGUCUGGAGAAGAAGACAGUGGAAGGAAAUACAGCUCUACACUACAGUGCAAUGUACAACAGACCUGAGUGUUUGAAACUGCUGCUGAAGGGAAAAGCUACCUUACACACAGUUAACUCAGCUGGUGAGACGGCACUGGACAUCGCUAAGAGACUGCAGGACUCACAGUGUGUGGAGCUGCUGGAGCUGGCUCACAGUGGGAAGUUUAACUCCCAGAUCCAUGUGGAGUACAUGUGGGAAACUCCGCAGGACAUGUACGACAGCGAGGACGACCUGGACGAGAGGGUCAGCCCACCCAGAAGCCUGCGCUCUCCUCUGCCCCCUGCUGUCAGUGGUGGGAAUAGUCCCUGGAGCUUCAGCGCCGGCGUGACCAAUAAAACCUACCAGAAUGUGGACUUUCUGUACCGCAACCCGCCAGCCAACAGCGCCCCCUCUGGUGGUUCCAUGCCCCCUCCGCUUCCUGCCAAGUCCAUACAGAGAGGUCGAUCGGACCCUCAGAUCAGCAUCUCAGUGCAGGAAUCUCACUCCCGCCACAGCUCCAGCUCCUCUGGGGGGUCUUUUAGGAACAGCCCCCCCUCCCCGCUGUCCGAGGCCUCAGGAGCGUUGCCUCGCUCACCUCGCUCUACCACCGCCCUGAAGAGACAGACGGUGUCCUGGGAGGGACAUCCUUCACCAACACAUAGCUCCAUAGGGCCUGUUGCUUCAGAAAAGACCACAUCAUAUCGGAGAACGAGCAGUGGAGGUCAAGGGAAGUCUGUGUCUGGUUCUCCAGGUUCGGGUUCUCCGGGUUCCGGUAGCAGCGUGGAGGAACUCUACUGCAGUUUGACCAUCAAAACACCUAAUACUAAUGCUCAGGCUAAAGCUAAUGCUAGCCCUAAUGCCUCAGUGCCCCUCAUACUGCCACCACCACGAUCACGCAAGAACGCCAUGUGCUCUGUGAGGCCACGGCUCAGGAAGGUUCAGGCUUUAGUGGACUGUAUGGUGGGCAGUUCUGACCAGCUGUCCUUCUGUAAGGAUGAUAUUAUCAUAGUAACCGCUGCUGAUGAUCCACACUGGUGGGUCGGGCACGUAGAGGGGAAGCCGUCCAAAAGCGGGUGCUUUCCAGUCAACUACGUGCUGAAGUUGGGAGAAUGAUUCUUCUGGAAAUUUCCAUCAUAUCUUCCCAAAACGCAACAGUGCUUUAGCUGAAAAACACCUGCUCCUGCCUGUUAAUAUGGAAACACUACCUGACACUCAGCUGGGAUUUAUCCAGCAGUAAUGUGGGCUGUGGGAGUUCAGCGCUACAUGCUAAUCCUGACACUUGUGAUAUCUUUUAAUGGAGCUGAUGCAGUUUUUUGUGGAUUUCUCGUCACGGUACCCACACAGCCUGCAUACGGACUUCUUUGCUAGUGGGAGAGAACGUGUGGUGCAGUGCAUGUAGUUUAACACUAUAAUGCUGUUUGGCACCCUCUACCUGCCAUGUAUAUGCAAUUGUAGUUUAUUUUGCUAGCAGGCUAAUGUAGCUACCUUGGCCGAUUAAAGGGAGGUGAUUUUUGCCAUGGUAACAGACAAAUCACAAAUGGUGAAAGAGUUGAAAUCGGUGAUCUUAGAGCACUCAUUGUGCUGUUUGGGGACCAGCGGCUGUUUUAGACCUUUUUUUGGAACCUAAGACAGCAGUGUUGGAGGUGCAACAAAGUGAGAACAAAAUUGUUGAACAAGUGGCUCCACCCACAGCUAGAUAUCCACCAAUAAGAUAAUUAAAUGCCUCAAAUUCCACCAAAGGAAAAUUACACAGGUUGAAAUCCACCAAUAUAAGAAGAGUACAGCUAAAUAUUCACCAAUCAGAGAACAGCACAACUAAAAACCCACCAAUAGGAGAACAGAAAAUCUGAAAAUCUUCCAGUCAGAGAACAUCACAGCUGCAAAAACUACCAUUAGGAGAACAAGACAGUUACAAACCACCCCAAAGGAGGACAAUGUAACUAAAAAUCCACCAAUCAGGGAGCAGCAUGGCUAAAAACCCACCAAUCAGGGAGCAGCAUGGCUAGCAAACGCAUCAAUGUGAAAGAAACAUGUGGAUGAUAAAGUGGACUUUAUGAAGAGCAAUAAUAACGAAGCAGCACUUAUUAAAUCAUACAGAAAAGUUCUCAAUGGCUUGGGGACAUUUUGCCUUUUUUUUUCCUUGUAAAAGUUUAGUGGUGGGGUAAAUACUGUCCAUCCGUAAGAGUGACUGUAAGCCUAAAUACAAAGGGGAGAGGAGACGGUAAUAUAAGCACUAAAGGGAAAAUGGAAGCGUCGUCUAGACAGACAGACACCGGACACCCAUCAGGUCGAUUGGUUAAUGGACGUCCAGUCUGCUUUUUGCCUGAAGGGGGGCGACACAAUGAAAGGUAAUGUUUAUUGACUGAGUUUCAGGCCCUCCACUCAGUGUGGGAUUGUAUUUCCUUGAUCUCUGACCGAACGGUCUGCACGUCUUUGCUGAUCAGCAGUGUCUUUCGAUCUGAUCUGUACUGACUUAUUUAAUGCAGCUAGAGCACGACAGUCUCUUAUUAUUCUCUCUAAUUCAGUCUUGGUGCAUGGCUUAAAGCAAUAGUUUGGCAGAAAAAGCAAAUUUACACAAUUUCUUUUCAAUUUACACUUUUUCUCCAAAUUUCAAGGCAGUUCAUUUUAGUUCACAAACAAUAAUAAAAUAAAUAAAAGCCUCAUAAAAAAACAGCACAGAACAAUGAAAUACAGUGUUAAUACAAAUAUUCAGUCCACUGAUUGUGUUUCAGUGCUAUUCCUUAACAUGACCUGCAUUUGCAAUGAUGCUGAGCCUAUUUAACAAAGCAAAAGAUUGCUCAUAUUGAUAAAUAUGAACAAAACACAGUUUAAGCAACUAAAACAUAAUACCCAAAACUAAGUAAGUCUAAUGUAAAAUAAAAUCAAAUACAACAUUCGACUAAGAGGUCUAAAGACACAAUAAGAAAUGAAUGAAGCUGCUCAGUCUUUAAAAUGGUACAUUGUUUCAGAUUGAGAAAGAAAAUCAUGAUCAUUUGUAUUUAACACAUACUGGAUUCAUCCAAACGUUUAUAGCAGACAGUGUAUAUUCACUGUAAAACUAUACAGGAAGCUCAGCCUGUGAAGAAAUAGUAUACCUCUGAAAACAGCAUUUCCUGAACAGCUUUUGCUGUACAAAACAAAUAAGUAUAUUUUUUAUGUAGGCCCACAAAAUGAAUAAAUAUAAAUACAGUUCCUGAAAAAGUUCCUUAUAGUGAUGCAGGUUUGUUGUGACAGUAACCAAACGUAACAUAGUUGAGGAUGUUGGUGUAGUUUUUGAGCUGUGCACGUGUCCAUGGCUGAAUGGUUGAGUUCCCUGUUUCCACACGUUCAGGCACAGCAGAAAAACACUUUUCCCACCAACAUUCCCACCAGCAUUCCCACCAAUCUAGUCACUUUGUGAGGUGUGAGGUCAUUUGAUCCAUUCUGUUACCGUAGCUCUGUAAUUAAGUGUUAUUUUUAACAGUACAGAACUGUAGGACAGCUGCUAAUGUUUUUAGCCAUGCUAAUGUACUUUAGUCCAAGCUUAUAGAUAAGAGUCUAAAAUCUAAAGCCUUGUUUGUUGUGAUUAUUCAGAUAGGAUUCCAUGAAGUGGAUAAUGCUAGUUCACCACAGAACUACCGUAAUGUUUAUGACAGAUUUGCACAGAAUAAGAAUGGAAAUGACAGAGAUAGGAGCGGCUACUCGAUUUACACACCAUUUUUAGUCCAGAAAAGAGUAGAAAAAAAAAUGUGUCCAUUAUUUUGGUUAGUUUAAUAAUUUACCUUGUUGAAGUGAAUGCGGUGUGUCAUUAGCAACAAGAUUAGCUUGGAAAUUCAACCUUUUUUCUACACGUGAGGUUGGACAGUAAGGUUACAUAUCGGUUUGAUUUUAGCCACAGAGAACACAAGUAAACGCUUCUUUGAUCCUCCUUCUCUUCAGGAUAUGAUAGCAUGUUCACCUCCUCAUGUAAAACUAAUCCCGUCCGAAUAGAACUAAACAGUCAGAAACCACAUAAUCAAGUCUAUCAGAGAUUACUGAACAAUUCUACACAGUGCAUGUAGGCAUGCUGUUAGCACCGUGCUAAUUGCUGAGUCCAUUAAAUGUUAGCUACAUUAGCCUUGUAGCUCCAGAACUGAAACUAAGCUAACAAACUUCAGACUCCAAACAUGUCUUGACUGAUUGACUACAUGUGGAGUAAAAGGGGAGUGUAACUGAGCAAAUUUGAUUGAUUCUGGCCAAAUUUUUGCCCUUAGCAUUUGUGAAUGUCUGAAGUUAUAAAUGUGUCUGAGGGCAAAAUAAGAGUUCUGCACUUCCUGCCUACCUAACACGUGCACUAGCAGCUGAAAAAGGAUCUGUAUGUGUUUAAUUUGAUCAGUAUUUUGUUUCACAUCAUCACUUUGUGAUCCUCAUUUGUAAAAGCAGUUACUUUGUUGAUUAUUGGGAUUAAAAUGUUCAAACUGUAAAACAGGAUUAUUUUACUGCACGUCCACCUAAAUCGAACCACUAUGCCGAUUAGAGCUGGCGCAGACUCAGCGUUGCGCUCCAGGCAGGAUCAGAUUUCUGCAGCCUGAUGAAGGAGGUCAUCAGAUUCCUCCUGCCUUUGGCUUUAAACCAGGAAGGCUCUAACAGAUUCAUUGCCAUUUUAAUGGGAUUCCAGUCUCGGAACAUUUGUGUCCUUAAAUAUUUUGAAUCAAGAGAUUGUUAUGAAGAAUAUUAUAGAACUGUUCACCCUGUUUAACUUAAUCUUAUGCAAAAGUUUCUGGACCUACUGGUCAAAUGACUUGUUUUGGGAUAGUUACUGUCCUCUACAGGAAAUGUUAAAGGGUUUCUAUCAUGCAAAAUUGAAUUUUCCUCAUGCUUUUGGAACAUAAGGGUUUAUUUUAUUGUUUAAACACUGUUAAAGUUUCAUGUUGACUAAAUAUACAUAUAUAUGUAAAAUGUAUGUAUAUUAAAAAUGUAUUAAAAUUAUUAAGCUAAAUUAAAAUCACACAAGCCAAUUAUAUAUCCUCUUUACAGCCUACAAUGGUUUAGCUCCACCGAAUCACAAUGAAGUUAUAAGGUGUUGUUCAGCCUAGAAUAAAUAAAUAAAUAAGGAGAAGCCAAUCAGAACAGAGCUCCUCUACAUAUAUCAGUCUUAAAGGCACAGUAAGAAAAGGUCUGCAAUUCUAAGAAAUAAUGAGAGGUUUGUAAAAUUUGUUUGAAACAUUCUGAAAAUUCUACCUCUUUUUGGUGCAUAAAACCAUAAGUGGAAUUCCGGUUUUAAUGAAAUGCAAGAAAUAUGUAGGAUAUGGACCCUUUAAUGCACAGUUAUUUAUUUGCUGGAUUUAAUACACAGGAAUAAAAUUAAAGCCUAAAUGUCACCUGCAAGUUGGGAAACAAUCAAACGUCAUGUUGAAUCAUCUCAAAGCAAGCAAUAUAUGAUAUAAUCUGAAUUAUUUCACUACACACUAGAGGUUUGCAGGAGGGAGUUUGUUGUGAGUUAAUUGGCGAUCUUGCUGUCUGUUAUAUUCUGAUAAACCAUGUUUAUUUUUGCCUCUGAAGCUUUGGGCUUGUAGCUGUAACACUGCAGAGCUCUGGAGCUGCUCCCACAGAUCCGUCUGCAUUAUUAAUGAGGAAAGAGCCUCUUAAUGACUUUCGGUAAAGAGGCUUCUUUGCAUCUGUAAUACUGCUUUUUAGAAAGGUUCUGUUGUAAUGUUUGUCUUUAUGGCUGUUUUAUACGUUAUUUCUUCUGUUCGCGUCUUAAACGUUCUGUGUUCAUUUUUAUAAGUCUGAAUGUCACUUUUAUAAGCUACAUGCAGGAAUAAAAACACAGCCUGAAACAUU